AUGGCAUCACAAAGAAUCAACCUCUUGCACCUGCUGCUCGCAGGGGCUUCAUCCAUUGCAGCAAAGGCGGCCCGCCCACAUUAUGAUCAAGUCUCCGAGAUGGCGACGGACUUGCUGACAGCCGCAGAAGCUGCCAGCCAUGUCGCGCAGCCCUGCGGGCAUUUUGAGGUCGACGAAAGCGACAUCACGGAACGCCUCCAGAUUUGUUUCAACGCAUCGCGCAGCGACAACGAGAGCAUCAUCUCGCUGCCCGCGCGUGGCCGCUUCUUCCUCACCGGGGUACUCCAGAUCCACGGUGGGCCCAAGAGGUUGGCCGGGGGCGCCGGCACCACGAUUGUUUGUGAUGGUAGUGGUGGUGACGGGACUGGCGUGGAGCUCAAGGACAAUUCGUCUCUCGUGAUUCAGGGGGUUCAUUUCGAGAACUGCACGCACAACUCGCUCGGAAGAAAAACUGCGAUCUCCGUCGGAGCCAGCGCGUCUUUGCGUCUGGAGGACGGGGCAUCCCUGCGGGACUGCAGGGGGGACAUGUGCAUCCAGGCCAUCGGCACUGGCGCACUGAUUGUCCUCAGCCGCGGUGCUGUGAUCCAGAAAAGCACGCAUGCCAUCCAGUCCUUCAAGCAUUCGACUUCGGUGCGUGUGGAGCUCGGCUCAGUUAUCGCUGACGGCAAGGUUGGUGUAGUUCUGUAUGGUUCAAAUCAAUCGGUGGUCAUUGCCAGCGGGGCCGCCUUCGAGAACCUAAGCACUGCGGCCAUCUACUUGGGGGGGGACUUACACGGCACACACUUCGACCUCUCAGACAGUAACAUCAGCAGGUGUGGCAAUGGUUUUUGGUCAUCUAGUCCACUCAGGUCAGCCCAUCUGAAAAAUGUGACUCUUGAAGACAUCUGGGACAGCGGAUUAUUGCUCGGAGGAGGCAGCACUGCCGUUGAUGUCGCAAACUUAACCCAGAUUACCUUCAAGAAUAUUGGCGGCACCGCGCUGCGCUUCACUGGGGAACUGCUGAUGACCGCGGCAGUCACCGCCGAGAAUGCUAGUAUAGGCAUCGACGUGCAGGCGGGGAGUUGGAAAGACGAUGGCAGUCGUGUCAUAGGAUCGAGGGAAGGCAUCGUCCUUCGCGGCGCCACGGUGGUGGACGCAUCGGGCGUCGAAGUCGCGAAGAACAUCGAGGGUGUAAAAUGCGUCGCUGGGCAUGGUGAGGGAGACAGCGUGAAUGAGAACGUGUCCGGCAUUAUCGGCGGCUUCGUCUAUCCAAUCUCAAUGAUAACGACGAUUUCGGAUGCCACCGAUCCCCCCAUCUUGAGUUGCGACGCGACUUCAUCCUGA